AUGUCUUACAAUAGGACUGCUAAAACAGAAUAUCUGAAAUCAAGCACUGUGUCUAAUGACAGCUGUAAAGCAGACGUCUCUGUUGCUUCCUCUGUCAUAACCAUGACAGUGGGGAUCGUCUCCAAUACUCUGGCUCUCUUCAUACUUCUCAAAGCUUACCAGCGACUCCGUAUGAAGUCCAACGCUUAUUUCUUGCUCUUUGCAAGUGGACUGGUGGUGACUGACUUCCUGGGACAUCUUAUAAAUGGCUCUCUGGCUCUCUAUGUGUAUUCCUUGAACAAAGAAUGGGAAAGCUUUGACCCCAAGCAGGUUCUUUGUGGGGUUUUUGGCAUUUGUAUGUCUUUUUUUGGUCUGAGUCCCCUGCUGCUUGGAGGUAUUAUGGCUGUGGAGCGCUGCAUUGGAGUGACUCGCCCACUCUUUCACACGACAGCAUUGACCUCCUAUCACAUACACCGGCUGUUGGCACUUACCUGGAUCCUGGCCCUGCUCGUGGCCCUGCUGCCAGUGUUAGUAUGGCGUCCAUACCAGGUACAGGGCUCGCGAAGCUGGUGCUUCUAUCGUUUGGUGGGGUUACAUGACUGGCUGGAUAUGCUUCUCCCCAUGAUCUUCUCCAUGUUGGGAUUGCUGGCUCUGCUCAUCUCAUUCGUGUGUAACACAGUGACUGGAUUCACUCUUCUGUGGACUAGAAUGCAUCGUGAACCUGACUACCACUGCUCGCACAGAAAUUCUCUCCAUUUUGAGAUGAUAUGCCAGCUCCUUGCUAUCAUGAUGGUAUCAUGUAUAUGUUGGGGUCCUUUUCUGGUUACAAUUUUUAUCACAAGCUUUCAACAGAAAGGUGAAGAUGAAUACAGCCACCUGUUGCUAACUGUGCGUCUGGCCACAUGGAACCAGAUUCUUGACCCGUGGGUGUACAUACUUCUGCGCAAGGCUGUUUUGAAACGUCUUUGCCUGCUGGCACAGAGAUUAAGUGGUCCAUGUCUUAAACAUGAAGCAAAAUUUAGGUGGAUGUUUAGCAGUAUGGGGAGUUCUGUGAAGGCAAGCAGCUCUGUAAGCAGCAGACCAGUCUUCAUUUACUUGGAUGGUCCAUUCCUGCCAGGCACUCACAUCACAACCAGCAGGAAUUAUACGUGA